CUGAAGCCCAUAGCUCACUUCAUUUCUCCCUGCACUUCCCUUUUCUUUCAUCAAAGCCACCACGUUUGAACAUUUUCAGACAUCCAUUUCCCUACUAGUAUCUUCUUUCCCUCUCACGCUGUGUCUUUAUCCGGCGUCCGCCGCUUCAGGUGAAAUGAAGGGACUUUAUUAGAAUGCACAUGGUCUCGAUUUAAAUUCUUCGGUCCCCAGGGUCGUCCUUUCUUGUCUAGUUUUACCGAGCUACGUUUGGCGGAUGUUGGUAAAGUCAUGCAGCCAGCUCUCGUUUUUCCUUGUAAGACGCAUAGUACAUACUCAUGUAGUGUAUGCCAUCUGCAUCAUCUCGUGUAGUGUUACAAGGCCUAUCUAUAUCCCGAAUCCAGAAGUUCAUUCCUAAAAAGUGGAAACAAAGUGUCAAACCUGUAGAUAUCCAAUCCAAUCAACUGUCGGAAUCAUCUGAUUACCGAGGGAAUGAGUUGAAAACAAUCUUUACUGAUGAUACAUCUAUGUUAGAAAACCUUGUUAUAUCUCUCAAGGAAUUUGUAACCCGAGGACAUAUACUGAAAGCAUUUAAAUCAUAUUCUUUAAUUCAGCUCCAUGUCUCUUCCACUGCUUAUGAUGUUAUCUUACACCCCGUCUCUUCUCUUCUCGUAUCGUGCACAAACCUUAAAUUGCUUCUGCCGGGUAAACAGCUUCAUGCCCAAAUCAUCUCACUGGGUUUGGAACAACACCCUCUUCUGGUUCCUAAGCUCGUCACGUUCUACACUAAAUUUAAUCUUUUGGAUGAUGCUCGAGUUGUUACAGAGAAUUGUAAAAUUUUGCACCCAUUACCCUGGACUUUGCUUAUAUCUUCCUUUGUUAAGAAUGAGCAUUUUAAGGAGGCACUAUCUGCCUAUACAAAAAUGUUGAAUAGGGGGAUUAUACCAGAUAAUUUCACCUAUCCAUCUGUUUUGAAGGCUUGUGGUGAGGAAUUGGAUGUCGAUUUUGGGAGGAUGGUUCAUAGCUCGAUUACUGCUAGUUGUCAUGACUGGAACCUGUAUGUGCAUAAUGCUUUGAUUUCCAUGUACGGGAAAUUUGGUAAAGUGGAUGUUGCUCGUGAUUUAUUUAACAAGAUGCUGGAGAGGGAUGAUGUCUCUUGGAAUACAAUGAUUGGCUGUUAUGCCUCCAAGGGCAUGUGGCAAGAAGCGUUUGAGCUCUUUGAUUGCAUGCAUGCUGAAGGAAUCGAGCCAAAUUUUAUAACUUGGAACACUAUAGCUGGAGGGUGCUUGCGAACACGGAAUUUCAAGCGUUCACUGGAGUUGCUUUCUCAGAUGAAAAGUAAUGGGUUCCACUUGGAUCAAGUGUCAAUGAUCAUUGGGUUGGGGGCAUGUUCUCAUAUUGGAGCCUUGAAAUUGGGGAAAGAGAUUCAUGGUUCUGCAAUUCGGAGCUGUUGUAAUGAGUUUGAGAAUGUUAGAAACGCAAUGAUUACUAUGUAUUCUAGGUGCAAAGAUCUAGAGCACGCCUAUAUUUUGUUUCAGUCAAUCAAAGAAAGGAGCAUAAUUACUUGGAACUCAAUGCUUUCUGGUUACACCUACAUGGAUAAGUCCGAAGAAGCAUCUUUCCUAUUUCAGGAGAUGUUGCUUUCUGGGGUUGAACCUAAUUAUGUUACAAUUGCCAGCAUCCUGCCUCUUUGUGCUAGAGUGGCAAAUCUGCAACAUGGCAAAGAAUUCCACUGCUACAUUACACGGCGCAAAGUUUUUGAGGAUUGUUUGUUACUGUGGAAUGCUCUUGUCUCUAUGUAUGCAAGGUCAGGAAAACUCGUUGCAGCUAAGCAUGUAUUUGAUUUAAUGCAAAAGAGGGAUGAAGUUACGUAUACUUCUUUGAUUGCUGGAUAUGGGAUGCAGGGAGAGGGACAUAUUGCUAUAAAGCUAUUUGAAGAGAUGAUUAGCCUCCAGAUCAAGCCGGAUCAUUUAACAAUGGUGGCUGUUCUAUCGGCUUGCAGCCAUAGCGGACUAGUAAUUGAAGGCCAAUUUUGGUUUGAAAAGAUGCAAAGUUUCUACGGUUUAGUUCCCCGUUUGGAGCACUUCUCUUGCAUGGUCGACCUUUACGGGAGGGCAGGAUUGUUGAAUAAAGCGAAGGAAAUCUUCACAAGGAUGCCAUAUAAAGCAACCGCUGCCAUGUGGGGCACUCUCUUGGGAGCUUGCAGGAUCCAUGGAAAUACGGAUAUAGGCGAAUGGGCAGCUGAGAAUCUUUUGGAACUUAGACCCGACCAUUCAGGUUACUAUGUGUUGAUUGCUAACAUGUACGCUGCCGCUGGUUGUUGGAACAAACUAGCAAAAGUCAGGACUCUGAUGAGGGAUUCGGGCGUAACCAAGUCUCCCGGUUGUGCUUGGGUGGAUGUGGGAUCUGUUUUUUCUCCAUUCGUUGUGGGGGACACAUCGAAUCCUUACGCACCGGAGAUUUACCAGGCAUUGGAUGGACUGACUGAACUGAUGAAGGAUGCCAGUUAUGUUUCAGAUGGUGAAGUACUUCUCGAAGGAACCGGAUGAAACCCAGAGAAUGAAAAUCCGUUUUGGUUCACUGAUAGUGUUUUGAUAGGGUCCCGAAGUGAAACAUUUUUUUCCUAUAGGAGAUUUCAUUAAAGUUGGUCCUUCAAACUUGGUUAACUAGUCGCAUGAUGGAACAAUUUUAAGCUAAUUUCCAUAUGUUACCAUUCUUGGUUAUUAUAGCUCAAAUGUGGUGCACAUUUAAGGUGAUUCUUCUGAGCCUUAAACAUGAUUUUGGCAAUCAAAGGUAGGUUUAUGUAAGGUUUUGCCAUUCUUGAAUAGUUAUUAACAGAGUUGAAGUGAAUGACCUUUGUUUUUCCUUAAA